AUGAGCACAACAAAAUUAAUUUUUAUUGCUCUUAUUAUUGUAAGUUGUAUUGCAGAGAAUUUUAUUAGAUUCCCAUAUCCUGGACUUCCAAGUACAGAUAUAGAUGGAAAGAAAGAAUAUUCUAUUUUCAGAAAGAAGCAACAAGCAUAUUUAUUAAUUAAUAUGCUUAGAGUUGAUCCACAAGCAUUUGUUGAAAAAUAUAUGAAACCAGUUAUUGCAGAUGAAUCAUGGAAACUUCUUUUUAAAACAGAAUCAAUUAGAUUAAAGAAAUUCCCAGAUUAUUAUCCAUUAUAUCAAGAUGCAUUACUUGAACAAACAGCAUCUCAUGCUAGACUUGGAGAAUCAUUUGCUAAUGUUAGAUCAAGAUUAAAAUCUAAAUUACCAGAAAAAUUAGAUGGAUUUAUUCCAGGAUAUAAGCCACUUAAAUUACUUGCACAAACAUUAAUGUGGAAAACUAAAACUCAAAAUGAUUUCUUUAGUUAUUUAUGUCAUGGAAGUUAUCAAGAUAUUCAACAUUGUGGAAAGAAAGAUUUAGUUCUUGCAGGAUGUAAACCAGAUUAUAUUAAUAGAAAAACACCAAGAGGAAGAAUAAGAUUUUUAUUAAGACCAUCAGGAGUUGUUGGAUGUAAUACAGUUAAUACUCUUGUUAAAGAUGAAAAUUUAUUUGCAUGUGAUGUAACAUAUCCAGAUUUUAGUCCAAGACUUAGAAUUAAAUCACCAAUGAUUGCAGGAAAUUGGUUUAAUACAGGAAUUGGAAAUUCAAGAAUAUAUGCAGUUGUUAUUCAUGUUCCACAACAUGAAAAAGUUAGUAAAGUAGAAUUAAUUAUUGAUGGUAAAAUGAUUGAAUUACCACUUGCUUAUCAAAAUGGAGUUACACAUGUUUAUAGUAUUGCUUAUACACCACUUAAACAUAUUCCAAGUUUAAUGAAAGGAUAUUUCUUCCAUGCAAUUAUUAAUGGAAAGAAUUUCUUCUAUCCAGCACAAUAUUAUUAUGAUUGGGAAGAAAAUAUUAAAUUAAAUGUUAAACAAAGAUAUAAUGGAUUUUGUAAAAUUCCAUUCCCAGAUAGAACAUGUGAAGUUUGUGAUGAAGGAUAUAGAAAUGUUAAUGGAACAUGUGAUAAAUGUUUAUUUGAAAAUUGUUCAGAAUGUACUAGUGAUGUUUGUACAAAAUGUUCUAAAGGAUAUUUACUUUCAUAUGGAACAUGUAAAACACCAUGUAUUGAACAUUGUGAUGUAUGUUCAUAUUCAACAACAUGUGAUAAAUGUGCACCAACUCAUUUCUUAAAUACUACUAAUGGAACAUGUGUUGAAUGUUCAGAAAAAUUCCAAGAUUGUGCAACAUGUACUAAUGAAAAAUGUUUAACAUAUAAAUGUCAAUAUACUGAUCCAACAUGUAAUAUGAAGAAAACACCAGGACAAUAUUUUAGUGAAAUUACACAAAAAUGUGAAAAAUGUUCAGAAGGAUGUAAGAGUUGUACAUAUGAUCAAUUUAGAGGAAGUAAAUGUCUUGUAUGUAAUAAUGGACUUUUCCUUACUGAAGAAGGAGAAUGUAUUCCAUGUCAUUAUGUUGAUGGAUGUGCACCAGGACAAUGUGAUGGUAUUAAAUGUCUUAGAUGUAAAAGAGGAUAUUAUUCAUCUGGAAAAGGAUGUAUUAAAUGUGAUGAAACAUGUGCACAAUGUACUACUAAUGGAACAUGUGUUGCAUGUGCAUAUGGAUAUUGGCUUGAUCCAGAAUAUGGUAAAUGUGUUGAAAAUUAUGAAGUAGAAAAUUGUGAAAGAAAGAAUGUUCAUGGAAUAUGUUCAAAAUGUAAAGAAGGAUUUGGAUUUGAUAAAUAUCAUAAAUGUGUUACAUGUGAUGCAUCAUGUAAGAAAUGUUUUAUGGCUGAUAAAUGUGAAGAAUGUAAAGAGACAUUUUAUAAUGAUAAAGGACAUUGUAUUCCAUGUUCAAGAAGAGGAUGUGAUCUUUGUGAUGCUAAUGAAUGUUUCAGUUGUCAACCUAAUUCAUAUCUUCAUAAUGGAGUUUGUGUUAGAGGACCACCAGGAUGUUCAUUAUGUCAUGAUAAAGCACCAAUUUGUAAAGUAUGUGAAAAAGGAAUGAAAAUGGAAAAUGGACAUUGUGUUCCAGAUUGUGAUAUUAAAAAUUGUGCUAAAUGUAAUGGAGAUGAAACAUGUAGAUAUUGUAAAUCUACACUAAAUCCAUUUUAUGGAUAUGAACCAGCACCAAAUGGAACAGAUCCAUGUCCAUUUGUUUGUGAUCCAGUUGAAUUAAAUUGUUUAUUAACAGAAAAAAUGAAAAGAGGAGAAGUUGAUGCAUGUUUCUCUCUUGGAUGUAAAUAUUGUCCACCACAUACAUUUAGAAGAAAUCAUAAAUGUAUUAAAUGUGCUAUUGGAUGUGCUCAUUGUUUAAAUGAAAAAGAAUGUAUUAAAUGUCUUCCAGGAUAUAGUUAUUAUAUGGGAGAAUGUUUCCAAUGUAAUAAAAAUGGUACUUGUGGAGAAGGAGAAUAUAUGGAAGGAUGUACUUGUACAUCAUGUGAAAAGAAAUUCCCACAUUGUUCAGCAUGUGAUAAAGAUCAAUGUAUUGAUUGUGAUCCUCAUUUUGUCUUAUCAGAUAAUAAAACUAGUUGUGUUCCAUGUACUAAAAAGACAUGUCCACCCCCACCCCCACCACCUUGUCGUGGUAAAGAUUGUGAUCAUCCACAUCAUCCAGAUUGUGAUGGUGAUGAUUGUCCAAAACCAGAACCAACUCCUGAUCCAAUUCCAGAACCAGAACCAGUUCCACAAGAAUGUAAUGCUACUGCUAAUUUCUCAAGAAUUGGAGAUAGUUAUGUUUUUGAUCCAAUGUGUGUAAAGAAAGAUAUGGAUUGUUAUUGUAUUGAAUGUGCAUGCGGAUAUGAAUUGUCAAUUACUAAUCAUACAUGUGUUGAAGUUUCAGAAGAAAAGAAAUUAAAUCUUUGUUGUAAUACUGAAGAUGGAUGUUGUACAUCAUGUCAACCAGGAUAUAAAUUAGAUGGAUGUAAAUGUAUUAAAGAUUGUAAAUGUGGAGAAAAUGAUGAUGGAACAUGUAAAGAAAUAAUUGGAAUUGAAAAUUGUAAGACAGUUGGAUGUGAUAAUAUUUGUCAAGAAUGUUUAGAAGGAUAUUAUUUAAAUGGAACAUCAUGUGAUAAAUGUAUGGAUAAUUGUACUCAUUGUAAGAAUAAUAAUACAUGUACACAAUGUCAAGAAGGAUAUUAUUUAAAUGAAACAACAUUAAUUUGUGAAAAAUGUAAGAAUUGUAGUGGUAUUUGUGAUUCUACUGGACUUGUUUGUGAAUCAUGUGCACCAGGACAAUAUCUUAAUGAAACUACUGGAGAAUGUGAAUCAUGUGUUGGAUGUGAACGAUGUGUAGUUAAUGAUAAUGUUGUUUAUUGUACUUUAUGUGCUGAUGGAUCAGUUCCAGUCGAUGGAUAUUGUGCUAAAUCAACAACAUUUGCUAGAUCAGGUGUUAAUGGAGUCAGUAUUAUUCUUGCUAUGAUUAUGAUGAUUGCUUUGAUGCUUUAA